AUGCUAGCCCGGCGCGCACUCACAACUUGCACCCGCCACUCGAGCCGUUGCUUUUCCUCGACCGUCAAACGGCAAGCAGAUUUCACGCACGCGGUCAUUGGCGGCGGCACUGUGGGACUUGCGAUUGCAAGAAGGCUACAGAGGAUUGAUGGUGCACAGGUGGUGUUGAUUGAGAAGCAUGGGAUGGUGGGGACGGAGACGAGUUCGAGGAAUUCUGAGGCGAUCCAUGCGGGUAUAUACUAUGGCCAUGACACGCUCAAGACGAAGCUAUGUGUGGAGGGGAAGAAGAUGAUGUACGAGCUUUGUGAAAAGAAUCGCGUCCCGUACAUGAACUGCGGCAAGUGGGUAGUAGCUCAGGACGAUGAGCAGCUCGACGCGCUGAAGGGUGUUCAUGACUUCGCGAAGAGUAUCGAUGUGCCUAUCCGCUUCAUCUCGAAGGAAGAGGCGCAGACGCGGGAACCUCACGUUCGAGCGCAAGCGGGUGCACUUGAGAGUCCAUCGACUGGCAUCGUUGACAGUCAUUCGUAUAUGCAGUUCCUGCAGGGUGACUUUGAGGAGGCAGGGGGAACGACUGCGCUGGCGAGUCCUGUCAGUCAUAUUUCUCCUCCAGCAAACGGAAGUGGCGAAUGGAAGAUCUGGACGGCUUCUCCUGGCUCUGAAGAACCCGUACCAUCAUCGCCUUCGCCUCAGACGCAUGAUCAAACUACGGCACAGGGAGAAGACGACACUUUCAUCACAGCUGAGACCCUGAUCAACAGCGCUGGCCUGUACGCAUGCGGCAUCAACAACAUGAUCCUCCCUCCAUCACGGCAUCGGACACCGUACUAUGCCAAGGGCUCAUACUUCUCCUACUCGAAGUCACACCCCAAAACGAACACCUUGAUAUAUCCUGCGCCUAUACCCGGCCAUGGCGGUCUCGGCACACACCUGACCCUUGACAUGGGCGGCCGGAUACGAUUCGGUCCAGACGUCGAGUGGGUGGACAAUCCGAACGAUCUCGCGCCGAACCCGGACGGCGAGCGGUUCAGGACUGCGAUCGAGGAUAUCAAGUCCUACUUGCCAGGGCUGGAUGGCGACGCUGUAAUGUUGGAUUACUGUGGUAUUCGACCUAAACUUGGGAAAGGUGGCGCGCAGAACACCGGCAAAGGAGAUUUCAUCGACUUCUACAUCGAGAAGGAGGAGGGUUACGAUGGGUUUGUGAAUUUGCUAGGGAUCGAGAGUCCGGGUCUGACGAGCAGCCUGGCGAUUGCGGAGCAUGUGCAUGAUCUCUUGUAUAGAUGA